AUGGCAAACAUAGCAGCUAAACGUGUGAAAAGAGAAAUUAAAGAAGUAGUGAAAGGUGGAGAGGGAUCAUUGAAAUUAGAAGUUGUAAGUAAUAGUUGGACAGAUUUACUUGGAGAAAUCACUGGUCCACCUGAUACACCAUAUGAAGGUGGUAUUUUCAAACUAGAGAUCAAAAUCCCAGAAACAUAUCCAUUUACUCCACCAAAGGUACGUUUCAUAACAAAAAUCUGGCACCCGAAUGUAUCGUCAGUAACUGGUGCUAUCUGCUUAGAUAUCUUGAAGGACCAAUGGGCCGCAGCACUCACCCUUAGGACAGUAAUGCUAUCUAUACAGGCAUUACUUGCUGCAGCUGAACCAAAUGAUCCUCAAGACGCGGUUGUAGCGAAGCAAUACAUAGAAAACCAACAAAUGUUCACACUUACAGCGCGACACUGGACUAAUAUCUAUGCAGAAGGCCCUUCUGGGGUCUGGGAAUUUAAUCAAAAAGUACAGUUAUUGUUAGAAAUGGGUGUUGAUGAGCACAAAGCGCGCGUAGCUCUUUCAACAUACAAUUGGGACGUUGAAGACGCAACUGAGCAAUUAUUUAGUUAG